AGGUCUGUGAUGCCAGACUCACCGCACCAUGACUAAUUGCAUGGUAGACUCAAACACAGGUCCCGAUUCAACAACUAUCGUCCCUUUUCACGCAAUCUUCCAUCACUCCAGCGCGAGACUUGUCUCUACCACUGGCCCCAACAUACGCUCAGCAACCUCAACAAGGCCAUGCGCAAGCUCAUAUGUCGUAUUCAAUCCCGCCUGGACUACCUGCCUCGACAAUUCCCCCAGUGAAUCCUUUUGCGCAGUCUGCCCUUGCCCCAGCGUCAGUUUGGUCUGGAUUACCCGCCUCGGGAAUCCUCCCAGCGAUCCCUUUUCCGCAGUCUUCCCUCGCUCCAGCGUCAGGUUUGUCUGGAUUACCCGCCUCGGCACUCCCUUUUUCGCAGCACCAACAAGGCCAUGCGCAAUCUGGAAUGUUACCUCCGACCUUGCCUAAACCGUCCGCCCGAACGCACCCUCCGAUAUCUGAUCUAGGCUACAAACAAGCUCAUAGUUCGGGUGUACAUCAAAACGCCUGCGAAAAUUGUUUCAGAGACGAGAUUGUCUGCGAGAAAGGUCAUCCCGGCUGUGUAGCUUGCCGAUACUCUCAUCGCCAAUGCCACUAUACCUCCGAGUGGAGGAAAAAUCGUUGGGGGGGAACGGAGAAGAAUUAUUCGUUUCGACCUCGACGGAAUAACAACAAGUGCUUUGUUUGCUUUAUACUUUUCGAAAAGUGUGAUGGCGAUCGUCCGUCUUGUCGAGCUUGUCGUAAUCGGGAUACGACCCGCGACGAUCCUACUAUGCGUGCUAGGUAUGGCUGCAUAUAUGCCUACGAUCAGCCAUUUCCCAACCAGUCAACAGGGAACUAAAGGGCUGUCUCGGGGAGUUUCAGGCGUAACCGUGGCUUUUUAUCGUGUCUAGUUGUUUUCUCUUUUCUGUUGGGGCGGGAUAGCGUGGAGUUGGGUCUGGCGAAGUGGUGCCUGGAACUGGGUAAAAGGGAGCCUUUUCAACUUGUCAAAACAAGUAGUAGUACUCUCCACUGAAUUCAAAAUGAUC